AUGGCACCUCCAAUGAGCCCUCUCCCUUCUUUCAACCAACUCCCCUUACGAGAAGGUGACCCACCACAUUCAGCAUGGGGACUGUGGGGCAACGGUUCAGACAGUGCACUGGGAUCACUGAACUAUCUCACGGAUGAUUUGGUCCUGAGAACAAUCCAACAAGAAAUCAAAACAGGAGAGAGAGUUGGUCUAAACCUCGCUUUGGAUCUGUUCGAUCCUCCCCUUUUGGGAAGGGCUGGUUUCAAAAAAAGUAUCAUUGACAAGAGCCCACUGGUAGUGAACGAUGACGUGAUCAGCUUUAACACACAAGGAAGUUCUCAAUGGGAUAGCUUGCGUCAUUUUGCCUACCAGCAGGACCAGAAGUUCUAUAACGGAACUACCCAGGCCGAGAUUCAUGCAGAUUGUAACACAUCCGUGAACGGUCUUCAAGCUUGGGCACCACGGGGACUUGCCGGUCGCGGUGUUUUGAUAGAUUAUUAUUCAUAUGCUAUUCGAGAGGGUAUCGACGUGCAGCACUUCUCCUCUCAUCCAAUCUCACUCGAUAACAUGCUGAGUAUUGCAAAGGAGCAAAACGUUGAGUUCCGUACAGGAGAUGUGCUCUUUUUGCGUACGGGAUAUGUUGCAGGCUAUAAAAAGUUAGACCAAGCUGGACGCGAGAGGGUGGCUGGUGUCCGUGAAUGGUGUGGUCUACGGCAGUCGCGUGAAACCACAGAGUGGUUAUGGGAGAGACAGUUCGCUGCUCUAGCGAGUGACUCGCCUGGCUUUGAAGUUCGACCGCCAACGGAAAAAGCAUGGCAUCUUCAUCCAAUCAUGUUGGCUGGAUGGGGAACACCCUUAGGGGAGCUAUUCGAUCUGGAUGCUCUGGCUGAGCUAUGUGUGAAAAACGGGCGGUGGUCUUUCUUUUUCACUUCUGCCCCCUUGAACUAUUCUGGGGCUGUGGCAUCUCCUCCAAAUGCGACGGCCAUUAUGUGA